AUGCAGAAAAGUAGCAAAGGCAAGGCCAAACAGGCACCCAAGCAUCAGGCGAAUAACAAAGCGAAAAAAGUCACUCUGGAAUCGACCGGAAAAUUUUCAAAUCAUAACGGGAAAGAGUACAUCAAGGCAAAGCGACCCUCAUCGGUCAAUAUGCCACAACUUGGCUUCUCAGCUCGACUGACAUACGGACAGUUUAAUAUCGUCAUACACAAUCAAGGAUCGCUGAUGGUUAUCGAUGACAACUUUGUGGCAAUAGUGAAGCUCAAUCGACCGCACCUGCUGAUUGAUACACGGGACUUUCGACGUGCGACUGAAGUGCUACUCGAAGAACUUCGCGUCGAUCGUGUGUUGCUGGAUGAAGUGACCACAGACAGGGAUAAGCACCGGGAGCUAUUUCUAACGAGCUUGGAAAAUGUGAUCAAACAAUUGGCUGCAGACGAAGGGCAAGUCAACACGAUAAUCGAGCUGCUGAAAUUUGUCGAGAAACCCAAACAAUGCAGAAGCAUGACUUAUUAUGAUCUCUGCGGUAAGGUUAUGAAUAAUCGGUUUAAGAACGAAACGCUGCAAAGGUAUGCCCAAAUAUUGGACAGUAUAGAGCGGACAGCGUCUCGAAGGGAGAGAUUAUUCUGUCGAUUCAGGCACGUUCCAAAGGACAAUUCUCCGAAUCUUUUCGAGUGGCUGAACCGAUUGGUAAUGGAGAUUACUGAGCUUCACAGGAACAAGUUGAUUACGAAAGCACCAGCGUAUUUGCAUAAACCACUCGGUACCAUUGAUCAGAAGCAUUUGAUGUUGAUAAGCAGUAGCGAUGUGAAGUUAUUUACUGAUAUGACCAGCGCUCUGAAACCGGAAAUUUUCGACAAACCCCUUCAAGAUCUAGCCGACCGUUGGAUCAAUCAAGUCAAAUCGAUCAAAGGCAAUCGCCUCGACAAACUCCUGCAAUUGACAAAUGUCAGCUUAUUUUUCAUUUGCAAGAGCUUGGAGGAGUUGAUAAUCGAGAUUACUAAGCAUACUGAUCAUCUAGAAACGGAUUUACUGAAGAGCUCUAGUUUCGAGUGGUCCGCUCUCAAACAGCUCGUCUGGAAGACGGAGAACGCAGUGGAUGUGUUCAGCCGAUUUUGGAAUACUCGAAGUGACAUCAUUGAUCAAUUUUUGACGAAGAUAAACCUCCCGGAGAUAAAUUUGUUGCAAGAACGCUUGAUGAAAAUCAUGCAGAUCGGUUUGGACAAGAACGUUGAGGUGGAUACGAUGGUGGCAUUCUGCCGUACGUACAACGACUUUAUAAUCGAUCUCAACGAAGUUUCUUUUGAAUGGUACAUCAAAGACAUUCCCAAGUUCGAUAUGCAAUCGUUUAUAAAUCUGCAACAUGUCGAAUUGGUCGAUAACAAAUGGAAGGAUAAUAGCAAUCGAACUUACCGGGUACUCAUUCCAGAGAAGUUUCCUACAUUGUGUGGCGCAUUAAAAACAACAGUAGCGGUACCGAAGCAUUACGUAAUUGAGGUUAUUCAAGCUCUGCUUGAGAACAUCGGCUCCCAGCUGCAGCGGAAUUCCUGGGCAACUGAUGAACAUCUUUCGCAUACGGACCAAUUACUGUCCACUAACGAACUCAUUUUUGCAAUCAGAAAUUCGCUACUCUACCUUAAAGAACAGAUCGAUUACGUUUCGUUCGAUCAGUUCUACGACGAACGUGUAAAACCGUUUAACAGCGUUAUCGAGACCACAACUUCACGACAGGACUUCUCGAACCGCAUCAACCUCCUCCGUGAGUCGUUCUGGUACAUUAGGAAGCAGAACGAAAUCAGCUUCGAAGACGCGCUGCAGCUGUAUGGCGAGUUGAAUAGUACACAUGAUUUCCAAUUGCUCCGCGACUCGUACGCGAUGUAUUCAAAGUUUUUCGAGGAAUUUAUGCAACUGUCCGUAGACAAAGAGCCCUCGGAAAGAACAGCGCUCAUCGCAGUGAAGGUGAAAGAUCAGCAUUCAGAUACUACUCUCUUCAAGGCGUGGGACGAUCGCUUCAAGCAAGACCAAGUUCCCAAAAUGCUUGCUGGAUUGGCUGCAGUGUGGUCGAUUCUGGUAUCAAAGGACGUGGCCAAAGCAAGAAAGUACUUCAAUCCUCAUUGUAUCCAGAUUUUGUGCAUCCUACGAUUGCUGAGCGCUGACAAAGCCGACGAAGGAAUCGACAAACAUUUGGCUCAAGUGUUGACAGGACAGGGUAAAUCGUUGGUUUUGGGACUUCUCGCGGCACUAUUUGCACUGACCGGUCAUAAAGUUCGCAUUGCUUGUUACAGCGAGUAUUUGGCCAAGCGAGAUGAGCAGGACUUUCUCACUUUUUUUGAGACGUUUGAUGUUGCUGAAGAUGUAACGUACGGCACCUUCGAUGAUCUAGCCAAUGAAAUCAUAGCUCCGAAGGUUGAUGGUCAGACAAUUAAACUCAGAAAUCUGGUAAGAGAUUUACUGUUCAAAGAAAAGGUUAUUCUUCCACAUCAACUCGUAACGGCUGAUUCGAGUAAAAAUAUUCUGCUGCUGGACGAGGUCGAUGUAUUCUUUACGAAAGAAUUUUAUGGCAAUACAUAUAACGCAGGAUUCACACCUUUGAUUCCAGGACUGGAUCUUAUUCAGGAGCAAAUAUGGAAGUAUGUUGUCGCUGAUUGUACGGAUGUAGAAAGUCGUAUUCGACAGUAUAUUCAAAGCGGGGAAUUCAAAGAGCAAGGUGGGAAGUUUUUAGAAUUUCUCGAAAGACCAAAUAAUUACAGUUUGAUUAAAAAUGAUGGAACACAGAUAACUUACACGAAUAAGACAUUGUUUGACGAACAUGUUGGAAUGAUGGUAACAGACGCCAUAAAUGUCAAUAAGGGAUUGGGUUGUACUAAAUUCAAAUUGAACUCCGCUGGAGUAAUAACCGUUUGUAAACGAGGAAUGUAUGUGCCUAAUUUUGUUUAUGGUUCCGAAAAUGUUUUCAAUUAUUUCCGAUUGAAAAAGACAAAUUUCGUCACUAAGGUGAAUGGGACAGAAAAUUACGGGUAUUUGAAUAUCUCCUGUGGUCCCUUGUCCUACGCCAUGCUCCCGAAGAACUACCCUCUUAUUGUAGGCGUAUCCGGAACACUGACUUCGUUGAAUCUUCAUGAAAAGGAUACAAUUGAACGUUUGUACAACAUCAAGCAAAUUUCGGUGAUGCCAACGUUUUUCGGCUGCUCAAACCUCCAGUUCGACGAAAUCGCCAAUUUCCAAAAUCACGCGACGAAACCCUCCUGGAGAACCAACAUCUUCAGUCAAGCUAAUCAAAUCAUCAAAGCCAAUCGAGCGGUGAUCAUUUUCUUCGAUACCGACGUCGAGUUGAAUGCAUUCGAAACAGAAUAUGCGGGACAGCUAGAUCGAGUGAACGUGCUGACCGAGAACACCGAAGACAAAGAAAGGUUCAUCAACGAAGCAGGAGUGGCCAAAACAAUCACUUUGGCUACCCGUGGAAUGGGCCGAGGAGUCGACUACAAGUCCAGCGUGACUGUGGAGAAGAACGGCGGAUUGCACGUCGUUCAAACGUUCUUUUCGAUGGAUAUCAAGGAGGAAACCCAAAUCAAAGGACGGACCGCCCGGAAGGAUAACAAGGGAAGCUAUGAGCUGAUUGUGUGUGACGAGGAUUUGCAAUCGGGUGGGCUUAUGUCCGGCCUAAGCAAUGUAAGCUACGCCGAGUUGGAUGCCGCAAGAAGCAAGAUUUCGCUUGAUGAAAAUGCAGAAUUGUCGAGGAAAAUACAGGAUAGUAUGGAUGCUCACCAGAACACGAUGAACUACAUGAAGUCAUUUUAUAAGAAGGCAUAA